UAUCGCUGACUGCAACACGUGCGCCGCGUUAGUUUUGUUUUUCCCUCGAAAAUGACCAAAAAACUAGGACUUAAACGCAAGGGAAAGGAUUCAGAGCCCACAAAUGAGGUGGCUGCCAGUUCCGAGGCCUCCGAAAACGAGGAGGAGGAGGACUUGUUGCAGGCCGUAAAGGAUCCCGGAGAGGACUCCACAGAUGACGAGGGCAUAGACCAGGAGUACCACUCCGAUUCCAGCGAGGAGCUGGAGUUUGAGAGCGACGAGGAGGGCAACUACCUGGGCAGAAAGCAAUCCUCAUCGGCAGAGGAAGAUGAGGAGGAGGAAGAAGAUGACUCUGAGGAGGAGGCGGAUGAAGAUGACUCCGAGGAUGAGGAAGAAUCUGCCAGCACAUCCAAGCCAAACAAAUCCGACGACCAGCCCAGCAGCAGCGGUGCCGCCGCCAAGAAAGAAGCCACAAAGGAGCUGGCCAAAAGGGACUCUUCCAAGCCGGAGUACCAGGAUUCAGACACCUCCGACGAGGAGGACAUACGCAACACUGUGGGCAACAUACCUAUGCACUGGUAUGACGAGUACAAGCACAUCGGCUACGAUUGGGAUGCCAAGAAGAUCAUUAAACCACCGCAGGGCGAUCAAAUCGAUGAGUUCCUGCGCAAGAUCGAGGACCCGGACUUCUGGCGCACCGUCAAGGAUCCGCUGACCGGUCAGGAUGUGCGCCUAACCGACGAGGACAUUGCCCUGAUCAAGCGCAUCGUUUCGGGUCGCAUCCCCAACAAGGAUCACGAGGAGUACGAGCCCUGGAUCGAGUGGUUCACCUCGGAGGUGGAGAAGAUGCCCAUCAAGAACGUGCCCGACCACAAGCGCUCCUUCCUGCCCUCCGUGUCCGAGAAGAAGCGCGUCUCGCGCAUGGUGCACGCUUUGAAGAUGGGCUGGAUGAAGACCACCGAGGAGGUGCAGCGCGAGAAGCAAGCGAAGCGCGGCCCCAAGUUCUACAUGCUGUGGGAGACGGACACGGGUCGCGAGCACAUGCGCCGCAUCCACGAUCCCGUCUCGGCGCCCAAACGCGACCUGCCCGGCCAUGCCGAGUCCUACAAUCCACCGCCGGAGUACCUUUUCGAUGCCAAGGAGACCAAGGAGUGGCUGAAGCUCAAGGACGAGCCGCACAAGCGCAAGCUGCACUUCAUGCCGCAGAAGUUCAAGUCGCUGCGCGAGGUGCCCGCCUACUCGAGAUACCUUCGCGAACGCUUCCUGCGCUGCCUGGAUCUUUACCUGUGCCCCCGCGCCAAGCGCGUCAAGCUGAACAUCGACGCCGAGUACCUCAUCCCCAAGCUGCCCUCGCCGCGUGACCUGCAGCCCUUCCCCACGGUCGAAAGUAUGGUCUACCGCGGCCACACCGAUCUGGUGCGAUCGGUUAGCGUUGAGCCCAAGGGAGAGUACCUCGUCUCUGGAUCUGAUGAUAAAACUGUCAAGAUUUGGGAAAUUGCCACGGGCCGUUGCAUCCGCACCAUUGAGACCGACGAAGUGGUGCGCUGUGUGGCCUGGUGUCCCAAUCCCAAGCUCUCCAUCAUUGCGGUGGCCACCGGCAAUCGCCUGCUGCUCGUCAAUCCCAAAGUGGGCGACAAGGUGCUGAUAAAGAAGACCGACGAUCUGCUGGCCGAGGCGCCCAGUCAGGAUGUUCUCGAAAGUGAACGCAUCAAGACGGCGGUGCAGUGGUCCAAUGCCGAGGCAGACGAGCAGGAGAAGGGCGUCCGGGUGGUGAUUACCCACUUUAAGCCCAUUCGCCAGGUAACAUGGCACGGACGUGGUGACUAUUUGGCCACUGUGAUGCCCGAGGGUGCCAACCGCUCGGCGUUGAUACACCAGCUGUCCAAGCGGCGCUCACAGAUUCCAUUCUCCAAGAGCAAGGGUCUCAUUCAAUUCGUGCUCUUCCAUCCGGUGAAGCCCUGCUUCUUUGUGGCGACGCAACACAACAUUCGCAUCUAUGAUUUGGUUAAACAAGAGCUGGUCAAGAAGCUGCUGACCAACUCCAAGUGGAUUUCGGGCAUGUCCAUUCAUCCCAAGGGCGACAAUCUGCUGGUGUCCACCUAUGACAAAAAGAUGCUCUGGUUUGAUCUGGAUCUGUCCACUAAGCCUUACCAGACCAUGCGACUCCAUCGCAAUGCUGUUCGCAGCGUGGCCUUCCAUCUCCGCUACCCGCUCUUUGCUUCUGGCAGCGAUGACCAGGCUGUGAUCGUCUCCCACGGCAUGGUGUAUAAUGACCUGCUGCAGAACCCCUUGAUUGUUCCCCUUAAGAAGCUGCAGACCCACGAGAAACGUGACGAGUUUGGCGUUCUGGAUGUCAACUGGCAUCCGGUGCAGCCAUGGGUCUUCUCCACGGGCGCCGACUGUACCAUCCGACUAUACACGUAAACUAGGACCAUAAACCCUAAGGUAGUUUUGUUGGGUCCCGACAGUUUUGUGAAAUUUCUAUAGUAAAUAAAAACAUACAUUAAUUUUUAUU